CUCGGAAAAGAAGAAGAAAGAAGAAGAAAGAGCUAGCAGCGUUAGCGUACUCUGCAUGUGGACAUAACAAUCGUGAAGAUAGCGGUGUUUUCAUGUGUCGCAGGUAAAAUAUUCCUGUUGAUAACGAAGCAGCGAUGUCUGCGCUUCAGUGUUUCAGAGAUUUAAUCACCGAGCGACUCACUGUUGCUGCUGAGGAAAUAUUACGACACGUCGAAACAACCGUCGUAGAGUACGAGGAAAAGUUGGAUCGUCAGCGCAAACUGUUGGAGAUCGUUUGCAAACCUCGAGUAACGUUACAGCGAAUAGCUGCCUGCCAUCAUGUGGCGAAGGAAGAGCUUCCACAGCAGCAUGUCUGUCAAGAGGAGGAGGUUCUCACUGAGCAGCAGCUCUGUAACCAGGAGAGGAACUCCAGUCUAGACCAAGAGGAACCAGAGUCACUACAGAUUAAAGAGGAGCAGGCGGUAAUCUGCACCAGUCAUGAGGGAGAGCAGCUUGAAGUGAAGCAGGAGGCUGAUACAUUAAUGUUGACUCCUGAAAAUGAGGAAAGUGACCACAUGGAACCAGGAAGAAAUGAGGAAGAUGUGGAUCUUCAGCCCAGACUCCAUAUGAAGUGGGGCCCUGUAAUAAAGUUACAGAGGACAGAGCUUCCACAGCAGCAUGUCCCUAAAGAGGAGGAGGUUCUCACUGAGCAGCAGCUCUGGAACCAGGAGAGGAACUCCAGUCUGGACCAAGAGGAACCAGAGUCACUACAGAUUAAAGAGGAGCAGGAGGAAACCCGCACCAGUCAUGAGGGAGAGCAGCUUGAAGUGAAGCAGGAGGCUGAUAUAUUAAUGUUGACUCCUGAAAAUGAGGAAAGUGACCACAUGGAACCAGGAAGAAAUGAGGAAGAUGUGGAUCUUCAGCACAGACUCUUUAUGAAGUGGGGCCCUGUAAUAAAGUUACAGAGUACAGCCAGAUUUUAUCCCACCCGAACUUCAGCGGACCACAGAGGCUCUCACCACCCCCUCUAUGGCCCAGGAGAUGGAGGAGACAACGUAAGCGGAGCGGAGUGCAUGCUAGGCUACUUGCUAACCCACACAGACCGGCACUGCCCAGUCUCCUCCUCGCGAACAUCAGGUCACUCACCAACAAACUGGACGAGAUUCGACUGAGGAUCGUCUCACGGAAGACAAACAGCUGUGUGGCGAUUUCCACCG